CUUUUUUUUUUUUCUUCAGAGAAUUAAGUGACUGGAUUGCAUCCUGUUCAUUAAGCAGUUAGUUUUACACUGAAGCAUGCAGGCCAGGUUUAGGGCAUUUGUGUUGGUGCUGGGACCAGAGCAAAGAGUGAUACUGGGGUGACAGUCUCCACUGUAUGGGAGCUUCCAGCCCAGGAGGUGAAAUGAGGCAGGUGGGUGCACAAAUUAUCCAAGGAAAGAGAACAAAAGGAAGAGAGAGUCAAGGAAAGUGGUCAGCCCAGGCUGAGUGGGGAGGAGGUGACUUCACGGUCCCAGACAGAACAACGGUGAGAAGGAAGAGGGCCCACAAACCCUCUCCUAUAAUCAGUGGAUGUUUGAGAGUCCCACCUAGGUCUAUGGGCCUGUGUGGCUAGCAGGCUAGCUGGAGUUGGGUGAGUGGGAGGGUCAAAUUAAAAAAAAAAAAAAAAGUAGAGUAUAAUUUUUAUUUCUACAUUACUGCACAGAUGAAUUUUCACUUUCUACUUUUACCCAAAUACCGUCAGAGUACCUAAAAAUCGUCAUUAUAUAAAUAGCAAGACCCGUUUAGGUUCACCAACACGUGGCUUGCCUAAGCCAGUUCUAGGUCCUGGGCGGUGCAAGUGGUUUAUGCUUGACUACUAACUGAAAGGUCGGCAGUUCAAAUCCACACAAUGGCGCCGAAGAAGAAAGACAUGGUCAUCUGCUUCUAUCAAGGUUGCAGCCAAGAAAACCCUGUGAAGCAGUUCUACUCUUUAACACACGAGGUUGCCAUGAGUUGGAAUCGACUUGAUGGCAAUGGGUUUAGUUUUUUUGAGUUUCGGACUAGUUCUACAGGGCCAAGUGGGGCACACCUGUUUCAGCUUUUCAUCGACUGCCACCUGGACACACCUGCUGAGUUAGCCCUUCAGGUGGAGGACUCAGAGUAACAGCCUCAUUCUGGGAGUCUGGAGGAACAGUUUUCACAACUCUAGCUGCACACUGGGAUCAUCUGGGAGCUUGAUGUGGGGCCCCAGCCCCACAGAUCCUGAUGUCAUCUAUCUGGUGUGUGACCCAGGCAACGCCAGAGUCUGAAGCUCCUCCAGCGAUUCCAGUGUGUCGUAGGGCUGUGUGAACCGCUGCUCUGUAAAGGGAGACUAAGAGACCAGGACAAGUAAUGAGCUGUCGCAAUCCCAUGAUUUAGGCCUGCUCCCCAGAAAGGGGAACCACACACCCUCCUGGAACCACAUAAGAUAGAGAAAUGACUGUUUCAACAAAGCUGAGAGAUUGUCAUCAUGCCUGGCCACAAGGCAGGUUUUAGGACUGACGAGUUACAGUUGCUCACUCCUUUAGGUUUUCCUCCAUCCCAGAAUUAUCGGUGGCAGCUGAGGCCAGGGUUACUUCAAAUCUCAAGAGUUUCCGAAGAGCCGUAUCAAGGGAUAGGUUUGCCUGCCCAGCCUGGGAGGGAUGGAGGCAGGAGUCGGCACUGGAAGGAAGGAAACAAUCUUUUACUCAGCAUCUCCUUGGCGGCAGACACUUGACGGAGCAGCACAUUAAGUCCCCCAAACAAGUUGGAGGUCUGGCCACUUGCUCCAGGCCGCACGGAGUGGGGUGGUCACUUGCUUCAGGUCACACGGAGUGGAGCAGAAAGGACAAGCUUCAAGCUCGUGGUAGUCCGGCUGGGAGCCCUGGCGUUGGCUCUGUGACUUUGGCCGUUCAUUGCAUUUCUCUAGAUGUGAAUUCUCAUUUGCAAAGUGAAGCUUGUGGGAGUAGGUAGAUGUGCCCUUGAAAGGUGGUGACUCCCUGCCAAGAAACGGGACUACUUAGUACCUGAAAGCUUCUCGGAGGUAACAGGACUGGCUCACCCCACCUCACGCCUGGCUUUUCUCACAAACAGCUGGAGUCCACAGUUCUCAGCAUCAGCAACAUCUAGACUGAUGAUGGGCUGAAUGGCUGGGCACCAUAGUCUGGCCAAGUUGACACGUACAGCUGACCACCACAGUCACCUCACCUGCCCUCAGUCUCGGGAGACCUGGAGCCCAGUGGUGCUGAGGCUGCAGCCCGGGGCCUCUCCUGGCCAUCCGUGGGAGAAUAUGAAAGUGUUACUCAGGCUUGUUUGUUUCAUAGCUCUCCUGAUUUCUUCUCUCGAGGCUGAUAAAUGCCAGGAACAUGAACCUGAGAUAGUUUCAGUUUCAUCUGCAAAUGAAAUUUCUGUUCGUUUGUGUCCUUCUAAGUGGAAUGAAAAGAAACACACUACGGUUUGGUAUAAAAAUGACAGCAAGACACUUGUCUCUUGGGAACGAGACUCCAGGAUUCAUCAGUUCAAAGAGAGACUUUGGUUUGUCCCUGCUCAGGUAGAAGACUCAGGAGAUUAUUAUUGUGUGGUAAGAAAUUCAACUUACUGCCUCAAAAAUAAAAUAACUGUGAAAUUUGUGGAGAAUGAACCUAACUUGUGUUACAACACACAAGCUAAAUUUCCACAGAAACUACCCAUUGGGGAAAACGGACCACUGGUGUGCCCUAAUUUACAUUUGUUUAAAGAUGAAAAUAACGAUCUCUCCAACAUACAGUGGUAUAAGGAUUGCAAACCUUUAGUUCUUGACAAUAUAAACUUUGCUGGAGAUAGAAAUAAACUCAUCAUAAUAAAUGUCACUGAAGAACAUAGAGGGAAAUAUUCUUGCCGUGUGUCCUAUAUACACUUGGAAAAGCAAUAUCCUAUUACCCGCGUCAUAGAAUUUACUCCUGUAGGGAAAAGUGUGGUCGGAAGGCCUGUGAUUGAGAGUCCAGUUAAUGAGACAAUGGAAAUGGAAUUGGGAUCCCAGACACAAUUGAUCUGCAGUGUCACUGGCCUGGCAAUGGGUAUUGUCUACUGGAAGUGGAAUGGGUCAGUAAUUGCCGAAGAUGACCCAGUGUUGGCAGAAGAAUAUGACGUAGUGAAAAAUCCAACCAUAAAAAGGCAAACAACAAUCAUAAUGCUUAACAUUUCAGAAGUGGAAAGUCGAUUUUAUCUCUAUCCAUUCGUCUGUAGAGCCGUGAACGUCCGUGGUGAAAGUGAAGCCUAUGUGCGAUUAAUACAUCCAGUCCGUGAUUGCCAGAAGCACGUGAUUGGGGUAUUUGUCACACUGACAAUAGUGAUCACGUGCUCCAUUUUCGUUUAUAAAAUCUUCAAGGUUGACAUUGUGCUUUGGUACAGGGAUUCCUGCUAUGAUUUUUUCCCCUCAAAAGCUUCAGAUGGAAAGAUCUAUGAUGCCUAUAUACUGUAUCCAAAGACCCUGGAGGAAGGAGCCACCACUAACUCAGAUAUUUUUGUGUUUAAAAUCUUACCUGAGGUCUUGGAAAAACAGUGUGGCUAUAAUCUGUUCAUUUAUGGAAGGGAUGACUAUGUUGGGGAAGACAUUGUUGAGGUCGUUGGUGAAAACAUAAGGAAAAGCAGAAGAGUAAUGAUCAUCUUAGUCGAAGAUGCACUGGGGUUCAGCUGGCUGGGGAGUACAUCAGAAGAGCAGAUAGCUAUGUAUAGUGCUCUCAUUCAAGAUGGAAUUAAAGUUAUCCUGCUUGAACUGGAGAAAAUCCAAGACUAUGAGAAAAUGUCAGAAUCAAUUAAAUUCAUUAGGCAGAAACACAGGGCCAUACGAUGGUCAGGGGACUUUACGGAGAAGUCACAGUCUGCAAAGACAAGGUUCUGGAAGAACGUCAGAUACCACAUGCCAGCUCAGCGAAAAGUACCUUCAUCCACACGGAACUUACUGUCCUCAGCUGCUAGCCGAAACACUACGGAGAAAUUCCAAAGAGAGGUCCACGUGCCUCUUGGGUAGGAUAGAGAAGCUUGAGCAAAGAGUUCCUUGGGUGACUCGUGUCGUAAGGUGUUCCAGGCUGGGCUGUGUCUCCUGCUAUGUCCAGUCAUAAAGAGUACACAUAUAGUCCUUUAUCCCUGAGGUCACCUGGAAUCAGAUGGUUAUCAGAGAAGAACGUGGUGACAACAGCAGGGCAGGACAGAGUACAGUAGAGGGCUUGGGAAGGUCUUUGAAAAGGCAAGAAAUGCGCUCUCUUAAAGCACUGCUCAGAGAAGGCCCUGGGACAGCAGACUAGACAAAAGCCCAGCGAAAUUUCUGUCAUCUGAGAUGGCUUCGUCAAGUUGUCUGUGUCCUGAGGGAGUGGACGUGGGGCCGUUCUGGGAAGGCGACAGCGAGCCCCCCUAGAGUGGCUGUCCUGGGCUGUGCCGCAGCCGGCGGCCUGUGGGACUGAUGGCUCGCAGAGGAAGUCGGAGUCACUCUUGGAGAACUUCACACCUGCCUUGCGUUUGCCAUGCACGUCUACAGCCAGAGGUCAGUUUCCAAAGAUGCAGUAUCAUUUCACAGACCUUUAAAACUGACAUUUCAGUGAACAACGGACUGCUUCAGGAUUCCAAGGUUUUGAAAGGAGAGAGAAUUUUUAAAGCGAUGGUAGCAGAGACCCAUUUCACCUCUUCAUGUUUUCCUCCCUGGGACGGACAUUUUGUUGUUCAUUAUUCAUCUGCAGUUUAUUUGACUCAUUACCUCUUUGAAAGGACAGCUGCUGAGUCCUUCUUCCCCCCUCCUGCCCUCUGUCAUCUCUGUCACAUACGCAGCCCACAGAUUAACCCUUCAUAAUACUGCUUUCAUCUCAUCCUGCUGCUGCUAAAAACAAAACCUCCCUGGGGCUCCUUGCUUAUGGGCUCAGUUUCUCCCAGGUGCAUUUCAGCCCACUCUGCCCGCAGUGCGGCUUUGGCUUGUCCUCACACCUUGCCCUUCGCCGUCCUGCUGAGCAAACCCCCAGGUCAGCUGCAGGCCCCUUUGUGCCUGGGGUGGGGGGAAAAAUUGCCGUUGAAUGGAUUCCAACUCAUAGUCAUCCUAUAGGACAGAGGAGAACUGCCCCAUAGGGUUUCCAAGGAGUGGCUGGUGGAUUCGAACUGCUGACCUUUUGAUUAGCAGUGGAGCUCUUAACCACUGCGCCACCAGGGCUCCUGAAAAGCUCUCCCAUCUGUUUACUCUGCCUUCCACCCAGUUUUCUUUGCCUAGAACGCCCUCUCCCAUUUUCUCCAGCUGACCAGCAUUUUAUUGAAACUCAAAAUUUACUCCGUAUUCCCCAAGAGCCUACCCUGAAAUGCUUUUUCCUCUCAAUCUGAUUGUACUUACUGUUUGUUAUCACUUCCUGUGGAAGAGUGUUCUUUCUCCAGCCAGAAGCUGUGCCCUCUGAGGGCCAGGCCCUCUGUGUGUGUCUCUUGCCCCUUGGUGCCUUCCACAAGUAAUUUGCACAUAUGACAUAUUUGCAUAAGAUGUUCUCAGAUUACCUUAAUUGGUUUUUGCAAUUAUUCUAAUUUUAUAUAGAGAAAAAGUGACCUGUCCUUUUUUUUUUAAAUGCACUCAGUACAGUUGUUCUGAGGGCUUGAGCCCCAGUCCAGUGCUUUGAAUACUUGAUGUCAGGUCAAUAAAUGCCCCCAUCCCUGCAUGGGUGCUUUUGUGAGGAGAAACGAUAGUUCACUUAGGCGGUGGCUAAUUCUAGGAGUACUUUUAUUUAAGAAACCUAAUUCCAAAUUUUGAAUGCCGGAAUUUUCAAAAAUUAUGUUUAGAUUUUAUGAAACCCCUUUUCCAUUUUCAUAUAUUCUGUCCCUAAAAGUAAAUACCUCUUAUUAAAAUAAAAAUGAAAAUAAAAAAAUCGGAGGUUGUAGAAAAAUAUUUUUAAAAAUUUGCUAGUCCUCUGGAGAGAGACCCUGGAGAACCACAGAGCUAAGUUUCUGCACUGUUUCGGAAACACUCAUGCACAGUUUAAAAAGCCGUGUGGACAAGAAUGACCCUUCUGUUUUGCAUAUUUUUAAUACUUAAUAAAGACCCUCAAUGAGAUGGAUUGACAGAGUGGCCGCAACAAUGGGCUCAAAUAUAGCAACGAUUGUGAGGAUGGCGCAGGACUGGGCAACAUUUCAUUCUGUUGUACAUGGGGUCACUGUGAGUCGGAACCGACUCAACGACACCUAACAACAACAAGUAUCUAAUAUGAAGGGUGAACACAAAAUAUUAUUUGGAAGAAUAUUUUUUUUUUCCUCAAAAGCAAUCAGAGCUAGACAAAAACUCAAAUACUUUGACUCUUUCCAUCUUAUCUGGGCUCCAGUUUGACAGCAUUGAGUAAUGGUGUUGUGUUGGAGCGACCCUUUUCAAAGAAAGUGCCUCGUUUCCAUUUGGUGGCACCCACAAUGGCAGCCUGAAGGCCAACCAGGAGGUGUCACGUUCCAAAAAUGUCUACGAAGUGCUUUCAAAAGAUAAUUUUGCAGGUGAUUUUGAGUGAGUCAUCUAUACGAUGGAAUGGCAUGAGUAAUACCCAGAAAGCCAGCUCUGCAGUUUAGAAUUAGAGACAGAAUUGGCCAGAGAAUGAGGAGGCUGGAAAGCAACAAGGAUCACAAGUAGCAUUCCACCUGGAGUUUAGGGAGGAACCAAAAUCACCUGAUCGGUGUGGGUGGAGAAGGAUCCCAGCAAGUGGGACAACCGUCCUGCCUCAGGACUGGGAGGACUCCGGAGGGAAAAACUACAUUCCCCAUUCCAUGGCAGCUUCCUUUGACUUUUUGUUUCCCCUAAAAUCUCUCUCUAAGAGUGUUUUCUUUCACCUCCUCCCCAUUAAUUAGGCUUUACUGCACUUUCUGACAGUAAUUUUUUAAAGUCAGCUUCAAGCACCUAAAAAAAGCCUGCCAAUACAAUGGAUUAAUUAAUUACCAGUGGUUAAAGCUAGUUUAGCAUGACUGAUAUUUUGUCUCCUGCCUUUAUUUUAUUUUGUUAUUUUGCCUUUGCAAUAAAGAGAAGUUAUUGAGCCAUUUUUAAUAACAUUUUGGAUAAAUUAUGUUUCUACUGGUAAUGAUGAAGGUAAUUUUUUAACUCGUUUGUAUAAUUCUGCAGCAAAUGCCGAAUAUUUUUCUAUACCAAAACAACAGAUUCAUGUACAGCAUAUAUCGUUGAUCAAUGUACUGUACUUAUUUUCCAAUAAAAUUGCCAAAACCUAGUACCAAUA